GCUCCUUGGCAGGUACAGAGAGAAUGAAGGGAUUCUCACACUCGUCUUUCAUCGCCGGUCCAUCUCCUUGGGUUAGUCCCUUUCCGCCUGACCUGGACGCCAGGGAGCACUGGAGGGACACUCUAACCUGGAGAGGCCUAAUGGGGUCGGGGAAGGACCCAAGGCAGAUACGAAAUUUUGGGUUUUCUUAGCGGGGCGUGAAGACGAGACCGGCAAUCCGCCGAGAGAAAAACAAGUCUACCCGCCGCUGAUCGCCGCCCGGUAACGAUCCCAGAUAAAGUACAGAAAGACAAGCCUGGACAGACCUCAGGACCCAGGCAGGGCAGCCGAAUGAGGAAACUUUUGGGGUUUGAAUGGGCAGAUUUAUCUAGCUGGCAAAGGCUGGUGGCCCUGCUUAAUCGACCAACGGAUCCGGCAAACCUGGCUGUCUUUCGUUUUCUCUUUGCAUUCUUGAUGGUGCUAGACAUUCCACAGGAGCGAGGGCUCAGCUCCCUGGACCGAAAAUACCUGGAUGGGCUGGAUGUAUGCCGCUUCCCCUUGCUGAAUUCCCUGCGCCCACUGCCACUUGACUGGAUGUAUCUUGUCUACACCAUCAUGUUUCUGGGGGCACUGGGCAUGAUGCUGGGCCUGUGCUACCGGAUAAGCUGUGUGUUAUUCCUGCUGCCAUACUGGUAUGUGUUUCUCCUGGACAAGACAUCAUGGAACAACCACUCCUAUCUGUAUGGUUUGUUGGCCUUUCAGCUGACAUUCAUGGAUGCAAACCACUACUGGUCUGUGGAUGGCCUGCUGAAUGCCCGCAAGAGGAAUGCCCAUGUGCCCCUUUGGAACUAUGUGGUGCUUCGUGGCCAGAUCUUCAUUGUGUAUUUCAUUGCGGGUGUGAAAAAGCUAGAUGCAGACUGGGUUGAAGGUUAUUCCAUGGAACACUUGUCCCGGCACUGGCUGUUCAGUCCCUUCAAACUAGUGCUGUCCGAGGAACUGACAAGCCUGCUGGUGGUGCAUUGGUGUGGGCUGCUUCUUGACCUCUCAGCUGGUUUCCUGCUGUUCUUUGAUGCCUCAAGACCCAUUGGCCUCUUCUUCGUGUCCUACUUCCACUGCAUGAAUUCCCAGCUCUUCAGUAUUGGUAUGUUCCCCUAUGUCAUGCUGGCUAGCAGUCCUCUCUUCAGCUCCCCUGAGUGGCCUCGGAAGCUGGUAUCCCACUGCCCAAAAAGUUUACAAGAGCUGCUGCCCCUCAAGGCUGCCCCUCAGCCCAGUGCUUCUUGCAUAUAUAAGAGGAGCCGGGCCAAAGGUGGCCAGAAGCCAGGACUGCGCCACCAGCUAGGAACUGCCUUCACCCUGCUCUACCUCCUAGAGCAGCUGUUUCUGCCUUAUUCCCAUUUCCUCACCCAGGGCUACAACAACUGGACAAAUGGGCUGUAUGGCUAUUCCUGGGACAUGAUGGUGCAUUCCCGCUCCCACCAGCAUGUGAAGAUCACUUACCGAGAUGGUCUUACUGGUGAACUGGGCUACCUUAACCCUGGGGUAUUCACACAGAGCCGGCGAUGGAAGGAUCACGCAGACAUGCUGAAGCAGUAUGCCACUUGCCUGAGCCUCCUACUUCCCAAGUACAAUGUCACUGAGCCCCAGAUCUACUUUGAUAUUUGGGUCUCCAUCAAUGACCGCUUCCAACAGAGGCUUUUUGACCCUCGUGUGGACAUUGUGCAGGCUGUCUGGUCCCCCUUCCAGCGUACACCUUGGGUGCAGCCACUUUUGAUGGACCUAUCUCCCUGGAGGACCAAGUUACAGGAAAUUAAGAACAGCCUAGAUAACUACACUGAGGUGGUCUUCAUUGCAGAUUUCCCUGGGCUGCACUUGGAGAAUUUUGUGAGUGAAGAUCUAGGCAACACUAGUAUCCAGCUACUGCAAGGGGAGGUGACUGUGGAAUUGGUGGCAGAACAGAAGAACCAGACUCUUCGAGAGGGAGAAAAAAUGCAGUUGCCUGCUGGUGAGUACCAUAAGGUGUAUACAGUGUCACCAAGUCCUUCCUGCUACAUGUACAUCUAUGUCAACACUACAGAGCUUGCACUGGAGCAAGACCUGGCGUAUUUGCAAGAAUUAAAGGAAAAGGUGGAAAAUGGAAGCGAAACAGGGCCUCUACCUCCAGAGCUGCAGCCUCUGUUGGAAGGAGAAGUAAAAGGGGGUCCUGAGCCAACACCUCUGGUUCAGACCUUUCUUAGACGCCAGCAAAGGAUUCAGGAGAUUGAACGCCGGCGAAAUACCCCUUUCCACGAGCGAUUCUUGCGCUUCUUGCUGCGAAAGCUCUAUGUUUUUCGCCGCAGCUUCCUGAUGACUCGUAUAUCACUUCGAAAUCUACUAUUAGGCCGCCCUUCCUUAGAGCAGCUGGCCCAAGAGGUGAUUUAUGCAAACUUGCGACCCUUUGAGCCAGUUGUUGAAUCAAGUCCUUCAAACUUGGAUUCUUCAAACCCUAAUCCUGAACCAAAUUCUGAACAUAUCCACUCAGAGUUCUGAGGGGUCCCAGAUGUUCAGUGCAGGUGUGGGAGCAGUCAACCAUAGGCCUAAUACCUAUGCAAUGGACAUUUACUUGAGAAAA